AUGAAAAUGCAGAGUUACGAGCCACUAGAAAAUCGUGAGUUCGAUAUGGAUGGUCGACACAUCUAUUUUAUCAUGAGUUACAGCCAUCCAUUUAAAGCUGAACUACCACGUAAGAAAGUGGUUCGUAUAGAUGAUGCUCAAGCUCAACUGUUCAUCUGUUCAGAUGGUGCCCUUGGUCUAAAAGAUCCUAAGGGAAAUAUACCGAAAGCAUUUUGGAACUGGGCAGGAAAAUUCGGAAUUCCAAUGUAUUUUAAAACAAUGUUGAAAGCUUGUUACAGCUAUCCUGAAUGGUUAAAAGAUAAGAAAAAAACGUUUGUAGUUGAUGAUGACAAUUUUGCGAUUGCAGCCGCAGCGUUGAAGAAGAUGACUGACAACAACGAUGAAUUUGAGGUGACAGACAUAGACAAUGGAAUAUUGAUGACAACGAAAGAUAGUAUUUAA